GCGUGGAUGAUGUGUGGAUGUGGGGUCAGUGUGUAUUUACGUUGGAAGGUUCACAACAAAGGAGAGCCUGUCAUUCAAAUCCGAGCCUCCACUCACACACAACUGGAUAUUCUCCUCCUUACUCCUCACCGACCCACCUCGAAGCUCCACCUGGACAUUUUUUCCCCACCUUUCUUCAUGAAGCGAGAAUUAUGACAUUUGUACCCCCCUUCUCCUUCUUUUUCUUCUUCUUCACGUGCCGGUGAGCUAGCUUGCUAAAUUGGCGGCGGCGGCGGAGCUCAGCCCGGCGGCAGCCAGUCAGCUAGCGGCGCCGGAGACGCUGGGAAUAAAGCCGUCAUUGAACCCACGCUUGAAUCAUUGAUGAGGCUGGAACUGGAACGUCUCUCCUCCCAUUCCACGUGUCGACCUCCCCCCACCUCACGGAACGUCGCCCGAGGCCGCCUGCACGCCUCCACGCCUCCGUUUGAAUAAAUACAGGGCAAGACUGACGGACGCCUGAAGCAUGAGAGGCUGGAGCUGAGGCUCAGCUGACCCUUCCCCGUCCUCCUCCUCCUCUUCCUCCUCUCCCACCCCUGUGUUCCACUUAACUCAGCACCACCCCCAACUCCCUGUCCCGCUUCCUCCUUUUCCCUAUCUGCCUCGCGAGCCCCCCACCCCUCCGCUGCAGCCCAGCCAGACGUCCAUCCAUCAGCCGAGCCCGAUGUACUCCCCCGAGCAGGAGAACAUCUGCACCACUUCCAUCAAAGUGCCAGUCAAGUAUGGAGAGCUCAUUGUGCUUGGGUACAAUGGCUCUUUGCCCAGCGGCGAUCGAGGCCGACGCAAAAGCCGCUUUGCGCUCUGCAAACGGCCGAAAGCCAACGGAGUCAAACCCAGCACGGUUCACGUCGCCUGCUCGCCACAGGCUGCCAAGGCCAUCAGCAACAAAGACCAGCACAGCAUCUCGUACACGCUGUCCAGAGCCCAGACGGUGGUGGUGGAGUACACACACGACAGCAAUGUAGACAUGUUCCAGGUGGGUCGUUCCACGGAGAGCCCAAUAGACUUCGUGGUGACGGACACGGUGGUGGGCAGCCCGAGCAACGGCGACACCCAAACGGUUCAGAGCACCAUCUCACGCUUCGCCUGCCGCAUCAUGUGCCAGCGCACGCCGCCUUACACCGCCCGCAUCUACGCGGCCGGCUUCGACUCGUCCAAGAACAUCUUCCUCGGGGAGAAAGCGGCUAAGUGGAAGACGGCCGACGGGCAGAUGGACGGCCUGACCACCAACGGCGUGCUGGUGAUGCACCCUCGCCACGGCUUCAGCCAGGACUCCAGGCCCGGCGUGUGGCGCGAGAUCUCCGUGUGCGGGAACGUCUUCACCCUGCGAGAGACGCGCUCGGCACAGCAGCGGGGGAAGAUGGUGGAGGCGGAGUCUCAGGAGCUGGUGGACGGCUCCCUGAUCGACCUGUGCGGCGCCACGCUGCUUUGGCGCACGGCCGAGGGUCUGUCGCGCACGCCCACCCUCAAGCACCUGGAGGCCCUGCGGCAGGAGAUCAACGCGGCGCGCCCGCAGUGCCCCGUGGGCUUCAACACGCUGGCCUUCCCCUCCAUGCGGCGCAAGGACACGCCGGACGAGAAGCAGCCGUGGGCGUACCUGCGCUGCGGCCACGUGCACGGCUACCACGACUGGGGCAACCGGCGCGAGGAACGCGACGGGCGGCAGCGCGAGUGCCCCAUGUGCCGCGCCAAGGGGCCCUACGUGCCCCUGUGGCUGGGCUGCGAGGCCGGCUUCUACGUGGACGCCGCGCCGCCCACCCACGCCUUCGGCCCCUGCGGCCACGUCUGCUCGGAGAAGACUGCCGCCUUCUGGAGUCAGAUCCCGCUGCCCCAUGGCACGCACACCUUUCACGCCGCCUGCCCCUUCUGCGCCCACCAGCUGAGCGGCGAGCGCGGCUUCGUCAGACUCAUCUUCCAAGGACCCCUGGACUAGAGGACGCUGCGUUUGGACGUCUUUUUUUUUUUUUACGGGGGGGGGGGGGUUGUUGUUGUUGUUGUCUCGCUCUCAGUUUUAAGUGACCUUUUUGAGUAUUCCUUUUCAUGACAAAGAUUUCUAUAUUUUCCACCGAGACAAAACUGCUGGAGAGACUUUGUGAUUGUGACGACGACGACAACAACAACAACAACAACAACAGUAUUUAUCCCAAACCAAAAGCUACAGUACGGCUUAUUGUUCUUGUACUACAGGGUGUUCCCAAAAAACAUUGACUCACUCUUAUACUACCCAAACAUUUGCCAUUUGGGGCUUUUAGGUGACAUUUCAGGAUUGCGGCCUUAUCUUAAUCUAUUGGGUACUCACUCGUAAAGGCUGCCGUUACCAGCAACUGAUACUUAAGUAAAAAAACGAAAUAGAAUUUGCGCUACACUCCGGCAGAGUUUGACGCAUUGCGAAUGAUCAUGCGCGUCAGAAAGGAAGGUCUUUGUUCCCAAUAAGUUGUCUUUGGGUUUGAUGAAUCAGUGAGUACACGAGUGGAAAAAAACUACAGUGGUGCCUUGAGAUAAGUUGAAUUGCGUUACAUAACCCAAUCAUCUUUUCACCUUAAAAUGAAUGAAAAUGCUCCUCGAUCGAUACCAGAAAGUGAUUGAUUGAUUUUUUUCACAUUUUAAACGGAUUCAUUGCCAGCCGUUUUCAAAGCAGUGUACCACAUAUUGCCGGCUGUCUUCGAGCAUUUUAACUGAUCUUUCAAGACCCACACAUUAUUGUGUUCUGUGACAAUAGAAGCACAAAGAAAGAGUAAACUCUCAUCCUUCACCAGAAGUAAAAAGUUUGUUUCUAGCUUUUUUCCAUUGUUUAGUAAUCAGCAUUAGACGGGCUGGUUUAAUCAAAAACACCGGUUUCUGACGCGAAUAUUUUUUGCUUACGUGACGCCUCGAGCUAUAAAUAAGACUGAGAAGGGGCUUUUGACGGCAAAAAAAAAAAAAAAAAAGAUUUACGGAUAUCCAAUUUAGAAACACACCGUGAGUGACACUGCUCACCGCAUGGCUGGAGUUGAAUGUCGUACGUCAUUCACUCCAUCUUUUCUCACGAUUGGAACACACUUUCUAAUACCUAUCGCAAAACAUACAUUCCGUGUAUACCACCCAAAAAAAUACUCUGUAGGAGCGUGAGGUGCUUGGACUUGUCCGUCUUCCAACAUGUUGGCAUUUCUCUCCAAUCUUUAUCUUCUACGCAAAAGCUAUGCUGACCGCAAAGCCGAAGCGAUGCAACGCCGCCAUCUACGGGGAUCGGGUGGUCAUUACAGUGAUUCACAAACCUGAUUUUCAGAACUCUCAAGGCACCACUGAACUCUCUGCACAACUUGCUGCUCUCUAACAAGCUGAAUGCCAAUCAGGUGGCGCCAAUGCACUACUUUUCUAUUGAUGGGGCUUUGGCGACAUCUUGUGGCAUCUUAGGCGUUUCCCAAAGAGAGGGAAAAUUCGCAGGGCAAGACAAAAUUUUUUUGGGACACCCUGUACGUCUCGUUCGCGAAUUUAAACUUUUCUUUUUUAUUUAUGGCCCUCAGUGCAUCACAUCGCCUCUCAUGUAAAAAAAAAAAAAAAAAGACAAUUUCCAAUCUUUUUACUUUGCAGAUUGUUGCGUGUUCUGAGGGCUUUUUUUCCCCGAGGUUUACGUCUUUCUUGUUUUCUGUGUGCGUGUUUGUCGUAUUUAAAAGUUUUGUCCUGUGUUCGCUUGUCCAAGCCGUCGUCGACAAAAGCAAUAUACCCUUUUCUGAAAGCAAACCUCCUGAAGCAUUGUGGGAAGUCCGAGUGACGCCUCCUUUUGUAACCCUUUAACGCAGCGCAGCCAUGUAGCAUCACACACACACACACACACACACAAACAAAUCUGAGUUGAACAGAUUAUUGUGACCACUGUUACGAAUGCCAGAGUUGUUUAUUGCUUUGAAAACAUUUACUGUAUAUCCACGAAUGUACAUGUACGUUCUGUCGACAAAUCAUUUGGACGCCCUCGCAAAAAAGUUGCGAGUCCUCCGACGAAAGUGCUGACCGCGAUUUAUGAUCCCUUAUUUUCGUCAUGAUCGUUCUUAACCCUUUUUUGAAAGGCUAAAACAGGCUUGAAAGCCGAACCCAAGGGUUUGAAGGCAAUUUAGGGUUUCAAAAAACAAGGGUUAGGGUUUGAAUUCAAGUUAGAGUCAAAUUAGGGUAUCAAGACAAGGUAGAGUUUCAAGUUAGGGUUUGAAGCCUGGAUUAGGGUUGCAAACAAGGGAAACACUCAUUUAAAACCUGAACCAUUGUUUCAGUCCCUAAUUUGAAACCCUAAUCGAUCUUGAAACUCUACUUCAAAAGUCUAACCUUACAUUCAAACCCUAAUCCAGUUUUGCAACCAUAUUUUGAAAGUCUUGAAAACUUACCUUGAAACCUAAACCUGGCUUCAAACUCUUAAACCGUAAACCGUAGCCCAGGCUUGAAACCCUCAUUUCAAACCCUAACUUGAAACCUCAACCCAGACUUCAAACAAUAAUUUGAAACCCUAACAUUGGCUUCAAUUCCAAAUUUGAAACCCUAUAACUCAUGUUUGAAGCCCUAAUUUGGAACCCUAAACUUGGCUUGAAAUCUAAAUUUGAAACCCAAAGACAGGUUUCGAAAACUUCAAACGGUCUUUGAAAACGAACGGAAAAAAAUCAGUCGUUGCUAAAUGCGCCUCUUGGAUUUAUCGCGAGAUGUGGCGACCGACGCUCCCGCAUUUUGGCGCAGGCUUCCUUCACUUCCGGCUUUUUUUCUCUCACACAUUUCAACUAUUUCACACUUCGUCGCUGUCUAGUUAACAUAAACAUGUAAGGAAACAACUACAGAUGUUUACUAUAACAAGAACAAAAAUGGAGCUACAUGCUUUUUAUUGUACAACGACGACCUGUCCUGUUUCUUUUUACUUUUUGGUCCACCGUGUGUCCGCCCGCAGUGAUGAUGUAAUCAAUAACCGCCAAGCAGUUUGACGUCACGUUUGAGAACUGUCAUUUCUCCGACGAGUCAAGCAACUGGCGUCGUCGCGCAUCAAAUGUCGUCACACUCGCACCCGCGAGCUCACCUCAGGGAGCCCAAAAUAGAAAA